AUGGUAGGGGUCCUUGCCAUGGCGGCGGCGGCGGCUCACCCUCCAGUGAAGGACUACGAGAUUGAGCCAUGCAAAAAGCGAAGGAAAGAUGAUGACGGAACUUCCUGUAAAACAAUUACAAAAUAUUUAUCACCGAUAGGGAAGACUGGAGAUAGGGUUUUCUCUCCACCAAAAUCUAAUAAUAUUCUGGAUUAUUUUAAAAAGACUUCACCCACAAAUGAGAAGACUCGGUCAACAAAAGAAUGUAAGAUAAAGUCAUCUGCACUGUUGCCUGUUGAUAGUAGCAGGGACUGUAAAACACCUUUGGAAACGUUCUCAACUGUAGAGUUUAAGAAGAGAGGGAAGAGAGUUAAUUUAUCCCAUCAACUAAAUAAUAUUAAAACUGGACAUGAAUCUCCAAUUGAAAUUCAUAGUGAUGAUAGUAAAGAAGACUCCAGUUUAAAUAAUGACUUUGUAGAAAAUAAUACUUCUGUUUUACUCCAUCAGAAACUUGCAGAAAGUAUUCAAGAUAUUAAAAACCAGUCAAGCACUAUGACCUGCAAACAGAAUUCUAAGAAAGUAAAUCCUAAACAAGGCACCGCAAAAAAUGAUUGCAAAAAAGUGAGAAAAAGGAAACACAGAGAUGUAAUAGAUCUCUCUCAAAGUUUAUCCUUGACAAAGGAACUAAAUCUUAAAAAAGAUGGUAAUGAUAAUAAACAGAUAAUAUUUUCCCUAACUAAUGAAAUAGAGAGUACUGCAAAUGAUGCAAACCCUGGAGAUAAUGUAGCUAAAAUAGCCCAAUUAAAUGAUAAUACAAUAACUGUCUCGUAUGAGGAAUUUUUAAAAAGUCAUAAGGAAAACAAAGUGGAACAGAUACCAGACUCCACAGUGUCUGUUUGCGUUCCUUGUGAAACGAUUGGAGAAAUAGUCCAAAGUGGUUAUAUAAGUGAUACAGAAACUUGUGAAAGUUCCCAGCACGUACACUUUAAGACAGUGACUGUUCUUGCACAAGUUCACCCUGUACCCCUAAAAAAGACACGGAAAAUACCCUCCAUUUUCUUGAAACAAAAGCAAGUUGAAGUGGAAAAUAGUCUCUCUGAUCCCGAGAGUGAACAGACAACUCAGAAAAGAAAAUCUAACGUUGUUAUACAGGAGGAAGAAUUAGAAUUGGCAGUGUUGGAAGCGGGGGGUUCUGAAGCCGUAAAACCAAAAUGCACUCUAGAAGAAAGACAGCAGUUUAUGAAAGCAUUUAGGCAGCCAGCUUCAGACGCGCUUAAAAAUGGAAUUAAAAAGUCUUUUGAUAAGCAGAGAGACCUUAGUGAAAAACCUUUACGUGAGGAGGGAAGAGACAGUAGUUCUAAAAACAUGGAAGAUCCUAAUAGCCAAGUGAUUUUAAAUAAUGGCAGUUCAGAGGGACAGACUGAAAAAGGAAGCUUUCCUAAGGAUAAAAGUAAAAAGCCAAAGCAAGCGUGUAAGAAAACUUUAGCUACUGAGGUUACACUAGGUGAAAAUAGAGAGGAAAAUACUCAAAAGGAAGAAACUAUCACUUGCUUAAAAAAUAAGCAAAAUCAAAAUAGAGUUAGAAUGAGUUUAAGACAAAAGAAAACAGAAGUUUUCAAAAAUAAUACAUUAUUUAACAGUAAAAAUCAUGUUUGUGAAGAUAUAGCAAAGGAUAAACCUUUAAAGAUUUCUUCUCCAUAUAACAAGAAAUCAUCAAGAAAAACCAGUACUCCAGUUAAGGAUGUCAAAGUUACACAUUGUAAAGGUGGACCUGAAGACAGCUUGUUAAAUGUUUCCACACCCAAAUCAACCAGAAGAUCUGUGAGAAGUAGCAGCACACCUACCACAAUAAUCAUCAGUGGGUCUGAUUUUGAAGAUGUGGAUGAUAGUAGUCCAAUACAGGCUUCUACUCCAAAAGGGGCCAACUUCACAGGAAGGCAUAACUUAUAUACAGCGGAAUUAGUAACAGUGCCCUCUGAUUCAGAGAGUCCUAUUAGAAUGAAAUUUACUAGAAUAAGUACUCCCAAAAAAUCUAAGAAAAAAUCUAAGAAGAAAUAUGAGAAAAGAUCUCAGAAAUCUGAAGCAACUGAUGGUGAUUUUACUUCUCAGACUAGAAAGGCAAGUAAUGCUUCAAAAAAUAUAUCAAAAGCAAAACAAUUGAUUGAAAAAGCGAAAGCUUUACACAUUAGUAGGUCAAAGGCUACUGAUGAAAUGCCAGCACCCUUAAGACGUUCCUCUAGACAUCAGGCACUUACUGAAAGGAAGAAAUUGUCAGAAACAGAAGAUUCUGUAAUAAUAAUAGAUUCAAGUCUUACUUCUUUAAAGCAGCCUGAGAAAAAUCAGAAGAAACUUAAGUGUUUGAAUGAUGUGCUAGGAAAAAACCUUAACCAGUCGCCUAAAGAUGUACCAGGAAAAACAAAAGUUGCUCCUUUAUUUCUUGCCAGAAAAGCUCAAAAAACAGUGGAUACUGUCCUUGGAUUUGAUGAAAGCAGUCAAGAUACAUCUGAAAAAGCUCAGAAUUGCGACGUGCAGUUUAAAGCGAAGCGUGAAUUUCUAAUGAGUGGUUUGCCAGAUUUGUUGAAACGACAGAUUGCAAAGAAAGCAGCUGCACUGGAUGCAUACAGUGCCAUGAGUUCCAGUUUCCAGAGAGUUGUUCAUAUUCAACAGAAAGACGAUGGGUGCUAUUUGUGGCAUUUGACACCACCUGUUUGUCCUCUCUUAACUAAAUAUAAAGAACAGAAUACUAAUGUAGUCGAUGUCUCAAAAUGUGCUAUUGCUCUUGGUGAAUUUUCAACACUGAGUUCAAAGUCAAAAAGCAAUAAUUCUCCUGUUGUGUUUGUGGGGCCAAGGAAAGCUUUUACUGAAGAAGUAAGAAAUCUUUUGUUGGAGGAGAUUAGGUGGUCAAAUCCUGAAUUUUCUUUGAAAACUUACUUCCCUUUGCUUCUAAAAAAACAAACUGAGCACGUGGUACUUUCUGAAUGUCUUGGGAAACAAGAAAGUCCACAAUUAGAACCUGACGUUCAUCAAAAAGAAACCAAAAGGAAACGAAUGGAAACUGAAAAUCGUAAGUCAAAAAGAAAGAAACCAAAUGAGUAUUCAGGAAGUCCAAAAAAGAUGAGUGGGAAACCAGAAGAACUUGACAAAAGAAACAACUCCUCUGGAAUAAAGUUAGAUUCUUCCAAAGAUUCUGGAAUUGAAGAUAUGCUUUGGACAGAAAAGUAUCAGCCUCAGAAUUCCAGUGAACUCAUAGGCAAUGAUCUAGCCAUAAAAAAGUUACACAGUUGGUUGAAAGACUGGAAAAGAAGAGCUGAGUUGGAAGAAAAACAAAAUUUGAAGGGAAAAAGGGAUGAGAAACAAGAAGAUCUGUCGGAUAGCAUAGAUUUUAAAGGCAGUUCAGAUGAUGAAGAGGAGAGUCGCCUUUGCAAUACUGUUCUUAUCACAGGGCCAACAGGAGUGGGGAAAACUGCUGCAGUGUAUGCUUGUGCUCAGGAGCUAGGAUUUAAGAUAUUUGAAGUGAAUGCCUCUUCCCAGCGCAGUGGUAGACAAAUUUUAUCUCAACUAAAGGAAGCCACUCAGUCCCAUCAAGUAGAUAAGCAAGGUGUGAACUCACAAAGACCUUGUUUUUUCAGUAGCUUCAACAUAGGCAAGUCACCAAAAAAAUUAAGCUCCCCUAAGAAAGUUGUUACAUCACCAAGAAAAGUUCCUCCACCUUCACCAAAAAGUAGUGGGCCAAAGCGAGCACUGCCUCCUAAAACUUUGGCAAAUUAUUUUAAAGUAUCUUCUAAACCAAAAAACAAUCAAGAAAUAAGAGCACUUCAGGAAAAUAAUAAAGGAGUCAAAAAUUCUUUUGAACAGAAACAAAUUAUUCAGACUAAAUCCACAAACACAACUAAUUCAAACAAAGAAUUUGGAGGAGAGGAACCCAACAGGAAAAAUGCAACAUCUCUUAUUCUUUUUGAAGAGGUUGAUGUCAUUUUUGAUGAAGAUGCUGGGUUUUUGAAUGCAAUCAAAACUUUCAUGGCAACAACGAAAAGACCUGUAAUCCUUACUACAAGUGAUCCAACAUUUAGUUUAAUGUUUGAUGGCUGCUUUGAAGAAAUCAAAUUUAAUACUCCUUCCCUAGUAAGAGGAAAUAGAAAUGUUCAACUAGUUUGUUCUGAAAGUGGCCCCAAUUCCAAGAAUAAUCCUAAAAAUACAAAAAAGAAUCCUGUGGAUCUUCCCAAAUGUGAUACUGGCUGUGUUGAGACCUUGUUUGGCCUAAAGAACAUUUUUUUCCCAUCUGAAGAUGUGCUUUCAUUUUUAAAGCACAAAGCUACAACAAAGGAAGAGUGGCAUAAACUCAUCCAGCUUCUUAUGGAAUUCCAAACACAGAAUGUAGAUUUUUUAUAUAGCAAUCUUGAGUUUAUUCUUCCAUUACCAGUUGAUAUCAUUCCAGAAACAGAAGACCUCUGUGGCUUAUCAGUAACUGUGGGUGUCAGUCAAGCAAUGAAAAGUAUGAGAUGUCUUGCUAAGAACUCUGAGGGAGAGCAGCCACUGAAAAAGUCGCAAAAAAAGAAACAUAAGAAGAAGAUGGUCAUACUAGAUGAUAGUGAUUUAUUUGACACUGAGUUGGACUUUUCUCAUGAACGUAUUAACCUGUCCUCGGCCUCUGUUUCAAGUUCAGAAGAACGAAAAGCCAGAGACAAAGAAAGCACACCAGAGACAAAGAAACUAAACAAAUGCUUCGAAUCUAACAUUGAUUCCAUUUCUCGUCCUCCUAAAACACUAGCCGAAAAAAAAUGUUCUGCCCUUGUUUCCCAUUGUUUAAAUUCUCUCACUGAGUUCAUGGAUAACAUGUCUUUCUUAAAUGCUCUUAUAAAUGAUGUAAGAGAACAAAAGGAAUUUGGUAAAAAUGACUUCAGUUGGACUAAUGGGAAGGUUAAAAAUGGACUUUGUGAUGAGUUUAGUGUUGAGAGCAGUGAUGGCUGGCCUUCUCAAUUCUCUGGAGAAUUAAAGGCAGUUGUAGAAGCUCUCAGCUUUAUCAAGUGCUCUUCUGCCAUUUCAAAAGCUUUGGAAACCUCUUUGAAUUCUUGCAAGAAACUAGGAAGAGAUCCAACCAAAGAUCUUACUUUCUGUGUUUCACAACAGCGCAACAAUGUAUACUUCAGUCAAUCCGCAGCUAAUUCAGACAAUGCCUGGAAGAGGAUGGCAGUCAUUAAAAGUGUCUUUUCUAGUCGAUCUCUUCUUAACCUGGGUAAUAGACAAGCUAGUAUAAUUGAAUACUUGCCAGCUCUUCGAAACAUUUGUAGAACUGAGAAGCUAAAAGAACAAGGAAAAAGUAAAAGAAGGUUUCUACAUUAUUUGGAAGGAAUUCAUCUGGAUAUUCCUAAGGAGACUAUGAACACUUUGGCAGCUGACUUCCCUUAG